AUGGCCCGGCUGCUCCGAGGGCUCCCCGGGCUGCUGGUUAAAAGUGUGGCUCCCCCGACCGAUGCUGGGGGCCCCGGGAGCGGCCGCCGGGCCAGGGCUGCUCACACCCACACAGUUAAAGAUGUGGGGUCUCUGACUAGAUAUGAUGACACAGCUGUCAUCACUGAUUGGCAAAAGAAAUUGACUCCGGAACAGUUCUAUAUCACGAGAGAAAAAGGAACUGAACUGCCAUUUACUGGAAUCUAUCUGAAUAACAGAGAUCCAGGAAUGUACCAUUGUGUGUGCUGUAAUGCCCCAUUGUUCAGUUCAGAGAAGAAAUACAAUUCCGAAGGAUGGCCUUCAUUUUCGGAAGCUUUUGGUGCAUGUGAUACAGAUGAAAGCAAUACCAAUAUCCUGAGGUGUCCAGAUACCUCAUUGGGAUCAACCAGCAUGGAAGUCAUUUGCAAACAGUGUGAGGCCCAGCUUGGUCAUGUGUUUGAUGAUGGUCCCAGACCUUCUGGACAAAGGUUCUGUAUCAACAGUGUUUCGUUAACCUUUAAACCAAGCUUAGACUAG